GGAAGAUCUCUCUCUCUCUCUCUCUCUCUCUCUAUUACAUCUGUCUUCUACUUGUCUAAAUUCGAUUGGUAUGCACAAUACACUCAGUGAUCAAUAAUCUCCAUAUAUACAGUAUCGUCGCCUUUCGCCGGUAAGAUAUCUUUCCAGCAUCCCGAACCCUCCGAUUCCGUUAGAGGCUCUCACUCGAUGUCGAGGUGGAUCCGCUGCGCAUCGUCCACGAUGUCGAAGUUCGGAGUUCUGGAUUUUGCGUCGGGCAUCGGUGGUGGCAAGAUCCGUAAAUCCGACGUUAUCUCCGCUGUUAAAAGGUAUGAGAAAUAUCAGGUCUUUAAAGGAACAAAGGAAGAGACCAAAGCCGACUGCGUUGACAUGACUAAUGGAUAUUACAAUCUUACUACUAGCUUUUACGAGUACGGUUGGGGUGAAUCCUUCCACUUCGCAAACAGAUUCAAAGGAGAAACAUUUCGAGAGAGCAUUAAGCGGCAUGAGCAUUUCGUCGCCCUUCAACUCGGCCUCAAACCGGGCCAAAAGGUGUUAGAUGUUGGAUGUGGAAUUGGCGGACCAUUAAGAGAAAUUGCUCAGUUCAGCCAAGCAUCAGUUACGGGCCUCACCAAUAACGAAUAUCAAAUCACUAGAGGAGAGGAACUGAACCGGGUCGCGGGUGUGGACAAGACAUGUAACUUUGUUAAGGGAAAUUUCAUGGAAAUGCCGUUUUCCGACAACGUUUUCGAUGCGGUUUACGCGAUAGAAGCAACAUGCCACGCACCCGAUGCCUACGGAUGCUACAAAGAGAUAUUCAGAGUACUGAAGCCGGGCCGAUGUUUCGCGGUCUAUGAGUGGUGCAUGACCGAUUCAUUCGAUCCAAAUAACGUCGAGCAUCAGCGAAUAAAGGCGAAUAUAGAGACCGGGGAUGGUAUUGAAGACCUAAGGCCAGUUUCCCAGUGCCUCGAAGCUCUGAAGCAAGCGGGUUUCGAAGUGAUACGUGAAAAAGAUGUUGCCAAGGACUCGCCCGUGCCAUGGUAUUCACGUAUGGAGAGGAAUAGUCUUUCGCCUAUUGAAUUCCGGGCGACACCUUUCGGUAGAUUUAUGGCAAGAUUUGUGGUCAGCGCCUUGGAACGCUUAAGACUUGCACCUGAAGGAAGCGAAAAGAUUUUAGAUUUGUUUGAGAAGGCGACCAAAGGAUUAAUCGAAGGAGGAAGGAGGGAGAUAUUCACACCCAUGUAUUUCAUCUUGGCACGAAAACCAGAUAGGAUCUCCUUUGCUAGAACUUGUCCGGGUUUGGAUUCCGAUCUGUGCAGCCGUGCAUUCCUUUCCCGCCAAAUAUUGUAAAUCGCCCCCUGGAAUAGCAAUAAAAUCAUAAGCUUCAAGUAGCGAUCCGUCGAGAGUUGGUCCAGACAGCACAUCCAGCAUGCGAGUGUACUUUGCUCUGUGAUGUGCAAUCCCAAGUGCUCUAGCAACGAGCUCUAGAUGUGAGUUGUGUAUGUGCAGUGGAAGAAUAAGUGAUCCAUUGAUUCAAGAGCUUGAUCACAAAGUAGACAAUUCGGUGACA